AAUUCAUCCUGCGACGAUGGUUCACUUUCUCAAGCAGAUCUCCGGAACCUUCAAAAUCAAUUAUUAUACAAGGAUAAUCGUAUCUGUGAGUUGAGUAACGAAAUACUGUGCAAAGAACAGGAAAUCUUAGAUUUGCAAGAGUUAUGCCAUGAAAAGGACAGAAUGGCCGCUGCGAAAAAUGAGGCGAUGAGGCUUCUGCAGUAUAGAAUAAUGAUGUUCGAUAACAAGGAAGUGAAGGAGAUAGGCACAGAAACAGAUGCGAUCCUCUGGGCGGAUUCACGAAGUAAGAGUGCAAAAACCCCAGGUCAUGCGGUCAUAAGAGGUUACUCUCCUCCACCCUUAGAUCCCAGCGAGUACGAUGAAGAACACACUAUCAAUACCCAGUCACAAUCAGAUGAAGUAGAUUACUCACUUUUGGCUAGGAAGCAAAAAAAACGUGUUACAUUCGAUUUACCUCCCAGAGAAUCAAGGCAAACUAGCAGCGAACAAGAGCCGGAAGUUAUACGUUUGAUCGAAGAAAGAGAUUCUAUACAGACGCGUUUCAAAGCAGCUUAUGAACUGUGGGAGAAGGAGAAAGCGGAACUUCAGUCGUUUAUAACUGAUAAAGAAAAUGCUCUCCGAGAUACCAAACAUGCACUUCUGAAAAGCCGCGCUGUUGCUCAAUCUAAAAUUCGGGAACUUGAAGAAGCCAGCACAGAAACGAAUUCGAAUGCAUCCAAACGAAUAGAUUCUUUAUUAUUCGAAAUCGACUCACUACGCAGUUCAAGAGAUUGGGAAGUGAAGAACAAUGGAGUUCUCAAAGAGGAAAUUAAUGAAGUUCGAGCUAAAAUUUCACAAAUCACAAUAGAACUGGAUGGAAGUGAAAAAAAUAAUCGUGAACUACAGAGAAAGUUGAAAAAAAGUAAUGAAACGAAUGAUGAUGUGAUGGUUGAGCUAUUAGAUGCAGAGUCUCUUGUAGUUUUAAUGGAGGAACAGAAGAAUGACAUUUUAGAUGAUGUGGACAGAUUGAAAGAUGCUCUCAAAGCUCAAGAUUCUCUGAUUGAUUUGCUUGAAGCUGAUGUUAUCAUAUACGAAGAACAUAUUGGUAUUUUAAGAGAGUCUCUAGGAGCUUCUAAGGUUGAUCAUCGAUCUAUUAUACGCUCUAGAGCAUUUGAAGCAAAGUUGAAAGCUUUAGAACUAGAGAAAGAGCAAUUUUCUCGUCGCUCGCAUGAAGAUAAGAUCAAGUCGAAUAAUUUGAAAAGGAGAAUAGAAGAAUUGGAAGAAGAAAAUGAGAAACUUGUAGAAAAACUUUGUGAGGCCGAGAUGCUUUUGAAAGACCAACAUGAAUUAGAAAAAAUGAAUAUGGAGCUAAAGAACAAUCUCUUACAACGUGAACUCUCCUGCGCUCGAGUGAAUGAUUUGGUUUCUGCAGAGGAUAUCACGGAAAAUGCAGCUGAAGAAAAAUCAAGUGAUGUCUACGUUUCUGACAUUACAAACUAUCCAGAUCAUGAACAGGACGUUCAGAAAGACACAGAUAAUCAGUCGAUGGGUAAGGUUAUGCUGCUUUGUAACGAUGCUCACCACGCAGCAGAAACUGGUGAUCGUUCAAAGCUCGAUACGCUGGAAGAUGAACCAAAUAUUCAAUCCGUUAACGAUUCUGAAAUAAACCUAUGUGAGCCAACGGAAUUAGUCCAUGAAUGCACUGUCCAGCAUUCGGAAAUUCAAGAAAUGGAAUUUACACGCUUGGUAUCCGAGAAUAUCAUACUAAGGCAAUGUGUUGACGAUUCUGUGCGAACUCAGAACGAUGUAUAUGAGGAUCUUGAGAAAUUGUGUGAUUUGAAAUCAGAGCUCGAAACUGCUGUCAAUGCUCUUAAAGGAGAAGUUUGGUCUCUCAACAAGCAAUUGAAAACGUCACAUCAGGAAUGCUCGUCUCUUCAAGAAAGGAGGGAUCAGUUAGAAAGCGAGCGGUUGAGUGAUCAAGAAGCUUUAAAUUGUUUGCGCUUAGAAAUGUCUGAAAUUUCAUCCGAGAGUAAAACUAUCCAGAAUGAGCUUCUUGUGGUAAAAAAAGAGCUGGAGACAGUCACUAAAAUUGCGGAAGAAAGAAAAACGCACGGUGAUGAGAUGAAAUCUGCUUAUCAUUUACUCAAUGACUACUAUGAAGAUUUGCAAGCGGCUUACAAUGAACUCUAUGCCAAACAUUCGCAAUCCCUUCAAUCAGAGAACAUUGAUGCAAUCAUGGACACUCUGCUAGAUCGCUCCGAAAUUGUAGAAGAAAAGCAAUUCGGUCUGAACAGAACAGAAACUAUUUGUAGUUAUAUAUCCGUUUUGAAAGCAGAAAACAUUACUUUGCACAAAACAGUUAGCGAGUUCAAAGGAAUUAAUAGAGCUUUAUUCGAACGAGUUUCCAUGGAAGACAGAAUAGAGGAAGACAGUGAGAAAGUAACUGACCUGUAUGUAACAUCGAUCAAAGAAGAAAUCUUACAUCUGAUAGAGACGAAUAAGAAGUUAUUAGCUGAUUUGGAAAAUGAGCGAUUCGUCAAUAAAACUGAUGAUCAGUUGUUAAAUAGACAAAAGAUAGAUUUAGAGAUCUUGAAUGCCAAGUUAAUAACGAAGCAAACUAACAUUGAUUCUUUGCUCCGUGCAAAUUCAGAACUAGCGUAUACUAACGCUCAUUUACAAGAGGAAGUUGAUGAAAUGAGAAGACUAGCCCAAGAUCUUGAGAAAAAUACCCAACCCUUCUUAGAAAAAAUCGAGGAUUCUGUUGAUUUUCCAGAAGCUGCAGGUGAUGAAGAAGAAUUUUCUUUUCUUGUACAAAAGCAGUGCGAGUUCAUUGAGGAGACCUUUCAAGCUGGAAAACCGCAAAUAGAACUUUCUGAGUUGAAUAGUACGUGUGAAAUUGAUUUGAAUGUUACUGCUUAUGCUGAAAUGGGUGUGUGCAAGGCACUCCGAGAAGCGAACGAAAUUCUUUUUAGUGGACGGCUGAUAGAUCUUAAUGAAUCGGACUUGGAAAACAAUUGUGGAGUCGAUAAAUUAGGGUUGGAAAUAAAAAGCUUCAUCAAAACAUGCUCUACCCACAUUACGAGUUUGAUGGAAGAAAACUCUCAGCUUUCACAGAAGAACAAGUCAUCGCUGUUGGAGCUGGAGGAGCUCAUAGUUCAAAAACAAGAAAUGGAAUUGCAAGUAUGUAACCUGAGAACACAAAUGCUUCAUAGUCAACAGAUUUCAAUCGAUGAUAUUCAGACCAGGAAGGAAUACGAGAUGAGGGUUUCUCUAUUGGAAAAGCAAAACGAUCUGUUACAAAGAAGUGAAUCGGCAUUGUUGAAAGUGGUGGAUGAUUUAACAAAGAAACUAGAAAGAAAGGAAAAGAAAGUAAAAACUGCUAUCACAACCGAAAGUUCAGAAAACACCACUUCUAUCAAUCAAAAACCAGAAACCCUUCCUAAAAAAGAGAAACAGUUGUUGAAUUAUGCUCUGGGUGUAGUAGACGCAACAUCAGUAGGCACCUCUUUGUUCAACGCCGACGAAAAAUGUAGGAAAAGAGUGGCGAAUUCUAAGAAGUGA